AACAGGGGUGAUACAACCCCGUCCUUUCCAAAUAUCGGCGGCCGAGGGAGUUUAGAGCCAAUCGUCCAGCUGAUGUCGUUUGAUAUUUAGUAUUACCACCCAGAAAUCCAGUAUCCCCUCCCCAGUAGAGAUGGGAAGCACCAGUGGUCUCUUCUCUCUUCUUCGCAUCAACAACUGCUGUUUUUUUAAUCAGCUCCACCCUAUCAGACACCACAAACCUCCCCUGCAAAUCCACCGCAGGAGAGCACCAGGCUUUGGGCCAUCUCAGAGGCUCCGCCUUAGAAAUUUCAGCACGCUUGUUUGUUCUGCCGUUGAAGAUGAUGCGAGGGAUAAGCAGCAGCAACUGGGUGGCGGUGUUGGGUCAGUUGUUGAGGAGAGGCCUGUGGCUGAGGACUCAGGUGAAGAUACACUGCAAAACGUUGACCAAGAUAAAAAGGAAAAUGGUCUUUAUGAUUUUCUUUAUCCCAGUAAAGAGCUCCUGCCAGAUGAUAAAGAAAUGUCCAUAUUUGAUCAUCUAGAGGAGCUACGUCAGAGAAUAUUUGUGUCAGUUUUGGCAGUUGGAGCUGCCAUGUUGGGAUCUUUUGCAUUUUCAAAAGAACUGGUUAUGAUUCUUGAAGCUCCUGUUAAAGAACAGGGUGUUCGAUUUCUGCAACUGGCUCCUGGAGAGUUUUUCUUUACAACUUUGAAGGUAUCAGGAUACUGUGGUCUUCUGUUGGGGAGCCCCAUCAUCUUAUAUGAAAUUAUAGCUUUUGUUCUUCCAGGUUUAACAAAGGCAGAGAGAAUGUUUCUGGGGCCAAUUGUGUUAGGGUCCUCAGUACUUUUCUACGCUGGUAUCAUCUUCUCCUACUCGAUUCUCACCCCGGCAGCCUUGAAUUUCUUUGUUAAUUACGCAGAAGGAGCUGUGGAAUCUUUGUGGUCUAUUGAUCAAUACUUUGAGUUUGUCUUUGUGCUCAUGUUCAGCACUGGUUUGUCUUUUCAGGUUCCAGUCAUACAACUUCUACUGGGACAAGUUGGUGUAGUGUCAGGAGAUCAAAUGCUGUCAAUUUGGAGAUAUGUCGUGGUUGGUGCUGUUGUGGCUGCUGCAGUUCUUACUCCAUCAACUGAUCCUCUAACUCAGGUGCUUCUGGCAGGGCCCCUUUUGGGUCUCUACUUGGGUGGGGCAUGGAUGGUAAAGCUUAUGGGGCGGUGACUGGUUUCUGUUGGCUUGCAUCAAUACAUGGAUUUGUGCUUGGCCAGUUUUAUGCAAUGUAUGACAUAUGUAAAUCCCAAAAGGAUGUACCAUAAAAUGAUAUGAGCACAGAAUGGAAGGAGGAUUCUUUAUCUCGUUUCAAUCUUAUAGUUUAUUGUAGUUAAUUUUUGUAGCAGAUUAUUUGUCCAUGUGCAAUAAAAAGGGUGUGAAACUUAUUUCUUA